AUUGUUUCGGUUCUGUAAAUUAGCUGACGCUUGUUGUUGUUGUUUGUUGAUGUUUAGUUUUGUUAAUGUUAAUGCUUGAUGUGAAGCUAUGUGAAUUUGUUAGUAUUAAGGAGUUAUGAGAGUCUGAGUGGUGAAUUUAUGGAUGCGUAGUCGUUUUAGAACGAGUUUUAGAACGAAAACGAGCUCGUGUUGGAGCUAGUUAUUGGAAAAUUGGAUUCUGAUAGCUAAAUUUGGGUUCUGAUUACUAAUUUUUGACUUAUUAUACCUUACGCAUUUAGUUGAAAAUGUGAAUGCAUUUAGUUCAGAUAAAUAUGGAUUUGGAACCGAGUUGCUUGGUAUUGUUUCAUUUCUGUGCGUUUGUUCAUUGUUGAUGCUUGUUGUUGUUUGUUGCUUUUUGGUGUUCUCAAUGCUUGAUGUGAAACUUUGUGAAUUUGUUAGUAUUAAGGAGUUUAUGAGAGCUUGAGUGGUGAAGUUAUGGAGGCGCAGGCGUUUUAGAACGAAAACGAGCUUGUGUUGGAACUAGUUAUUGGAAAACUGGAUUGUGAUAACUAAAAUUGGAUUGUGAUUACUAAUUUUUGACGUAUUGUACCUUAUGCAUUUAGUUGAAAAUGUGAGUUGGUAGCGAGUUGCUUGGUAUUGUUUCAGUUCUGUGCGUUUGUUCAUUGUUGAUGCUUGUUGUUUGUUGCUUUUUGGUGUUUUUAAUGCUUGAUGUGAAACUUUGUGAAUUUGUUAGUAUUAAGGAAUUACGGGAGUUUGAGUGGUGAAGUUAUGGGCACGUAGUCGUUUUAGAACGAAACGGGCUCAUGUUGGAACUAUUCAUUGGAAAAUUGAAUUCUAAAUAGUAAUAUCGGGGAUAUGGUACUAAUACUAUGGUGUGCAGUAUGUGACAUGUGUUAUUGGUAAUGUAGUUUUUGACUUAUCUUACUAAAGAAACAGUGAUCUAAUUAUGGUACUAAUUAGAAGGGUUUAUGUUCCUAUCAUAGAGGUUAAUCUUCUUUUAGGUAUUUGAGCUCCGACUGGUUAAUCAACCUGCAAAACAGAACACCGUUACUCGUUAAGAGGGGAAUGUGGGGGUUUCCCUCUUAACCGGGCUCCGGCGUGAGAAUAAGCGACUGCUUUGAGAGUAAUUAAGUAGUUAAGAGUAAGAGCCGAGAAUAUAGAAUGAAUAACCUGAGGAAUGAAGGUCUCUAUUUAUAGCCGGAGAGGUGUAAGAGGUUGUGGGCUGAUGGGCCUUGGGCCAGAAACGGACAACAACGAAUAUGCUCUUUGCCUCGCUGGCCUCGACUGCUUAGUGGCUUCUAGAUGCUCGUCGGCGCUGGCGCACCUUGAUUGGAGCCACGUGUCAUUGUUGUCGGCCUUGUUGUCCUUCUGUCAUCAGCAGACAAGUGGAGAUCGUGGGACAGUUGUCCCCGUCUCUUGAUUGGUGCCAUGUAGGCGUCCUUGUGUACUUAUCGUCAGAAGAUCGUGGCGCACGAUUGAACAGAGCCUGCUGGACGCUCAUUGGCUCUUUUUGCUGCCACUUGUACCCUGUGUACCUCUGUAGGUAACAGCGCGUCUUCCUAUGGAGAGGAUUUUGUUUGAUGGCAACUAACCCGCGCGGGGCUAGUGUGCUCACUUAUACCAUUGUUUUUAUGCUAAGUGUUGCUAUCUGAGUUUAUUAUGUGCCCUUCCUCGCGCGGGGUAAGUUAUAAUGUGACGUGAGUUGCGCGAGGCUGUAUUAUCAAGUUGUUAUGUUAAGGAGUAUGGUCUCACGUGCAACCUGUUAUGAGGUUUGCGCGACUUUUUGGGACCAUACCCCUUCAAGUCCCCCCAGUCCAGUGCUGCACCAUGCGCAACGCAAGUGGUUGGAGUUCUGGACUUAAUAAAAAUAAGAGAAGGGGAAAUAGUCCUUUUGGUCCUGACUUGUAUGGCGCAUGUAUGAUACUGAUGUUCUUCAUGCGCAGGCCCAAGGCAGGUGUUGGGUGAUUUGUUAUUGUGCCCUUUAGGUGCGCAAGAUUAUAGUAGGUUAUAUAUAUCUGGCGCGGCUCAUGUAACUUCUAUAUGAAGUUUCUUGUGUGUUUUAUGGCGGGAAACUUCGAAAUUUGAACUUCUGACAGGUUGGUGAGAUAAGUCGCUGAGAGCGACGCUUGAGUUGACCCCUGGCACGGAUGUCAUCAUGCCGCCUGCGGCGGUUGCACUUCAUGUCAGGAGAGUGGGUGCCAUGCGCGCGUGGUAACCGUCGUCCCUGCUUUUCCGCUCUACGUGGCAACUUCUCGUUGGUUGCCCUUACGGCGAGUGCGGCACGGUUACCCAUCGCAUUAAAUGCGAUGGGUAUAUAUAUCCGAAUAGAAAGGUGAGAGAUUCACUUUCUCUUCGUUUCUUCUCCAAUUUCCUCUCAAAAGGUCUUUGAAUCUUCAAAGUGUUCUUCAUCUUCUUCAAGAUUUCUUCAAAUCUUCAAACUUUUCUUCGUUCUUUUUUCCAGAUCCUGCUAAAAUAUGAGUGAGGAGCACCAAGAGGUUCCUGCUAGUGAGGAAGGACCGGUUCCAGUCCUUAGAUGGGACUUAGGUUUAUUCGAACAGAUUGUUCGGAGCUUCAGAUUCCCACCGGAGUGGGACGCCCGGUAUCCGGCUCAGGGCCAAACCGCGGCUGAUGCCCCACCCGGCUAUAUUACCCUUUAUGAAGAUUUCUUUCUUUAGGGUAAUUUCCGGCUGCCGGCGACCAAUUUUCUGGGUAGUAUCCUAUCUUACUACAGGUUCCACAUAUCUCAGAUGAGUCCACCUGGGAUGGUGAGGGUGAGACACUUCGAGUUCUUAUGUCAGUCUCAUGGCAUCGAGCCAUCUGUAGACAAGUUUCGAUCCUUUUACCAACUGCAAAGGACGAUGGGGUUUUUUCGUUUGCGAGCCGGGGUGCGGCGAAAAAGAUCUUGUUGAAUCCACCCAAGAGUUUCCAUGAUUGGAAACCCAAGUUCUUCUUCAUCAGGGAAGAAGUUGUGCCGAUUGCUAUGACCUUUAGGGAAUGGACUGAGGCCAUACCCAAGGAAGACCUGACGAUCCCAAAAACGGCUUUAUGGUAUCAGCAGCUGACCCCAACCCCGAACCGGGUGUUUGGGGAAAGUGUUCUAGUUGCAGCAAAGAUGAGUGACCAGUGGUCACCUAGCAGCAGGGAUGUUCCCGUGUUGAAGCUUGGCGAUCAAGAGGCGCAACUCUACCAAGCUGCUUUUUCUACUUUUGGAGGCUCCAUGGGCGUUCGCCCAUUGCGCGAUGACGAGGAAAGCUGGUAUGACCAGAUUAGAGGAAACUUCAUGUUUCCUGCUGCUGAUGCUUUCGCUUCACCGCCAACCGCUACUGAAGGUGCGCAGUACCCUAAACCUCGUCCAUUGCGCUCUGUGACUCUCGCUGGGAAAGAGACUUUCUAUCUUUCCAGCGAUGAGUCUGUAGGUUCUUCCAGCGGCGAGCUAAGCUCUUGGUCUAAAAUCUUUGCAGGUGUGUUGCGCGACCUGGGGAUUGACCCAGAGGAGAAAAAGAAGAAGCCUGUGAAGAAGAAGAGGAAGGCGGAGCCGGAGGUGACCAGCAAGGGCACUGGCCCUAGUCGCGCAACAACUGCUGCUGGCAAAGGUACUCUUCGCCUUCGUCAACGUGACUUGGAUGAUUAUGUGAUCAUCAGUGACUCAUAUGAAGGUUUAUCAUAUGCAGCUAAGGGAAAAGCUGGUGCUGGUGGGUCAAAGAGUUCUGGAAGCGCGGGUUCUCGCAACCCUGAAGCUGGCGCGACUCCGUCUUUCCCAGAGGAUGAAGAAGUGGAAGAGGAAGAUGCUGCUGCCCAACUUAUUAGGCGGAAGAGGGGUAGGAGCGAGGCUACGACUGCUGUCGCUUCCGCGCCUACAUCUGUGGUGAUACCUGUGAUAGGGAAGACAAGCAGGCUGCGCUCGUUGUACCAAUUUUCUCCUGAGAUCAAGAAGAAGACCCCUGAAAAGGCGGUUACAUUCAGUGAAGCUGGGGUAAAGAGGCCCAAGAUAACCGUCAAGCCUACUGACACUGCAGCCCAGGACGCCGCGAAGGCGGCUGAGGCGCAACGAAAGGUGGAGGAGGCGCGUAAGAAAGAAGAAGAGAAAAAGAUUGCUGAGGAAAAGAAGAAGGAGGAAGAAGAGAAGAGGAAGGAGGAGGAAAGAAAAAAGAAGGAAGAAAAGGAAAGGAAGCGCAGGGCGGAACAGGAGAGGCUGGCUGAGGUGGCUAGGAAGCAGGCCUUGGAGAAGGAGGUAGCGGCGAAAAAGGCUAUGGAUCAGCCUUUGAAGUCUCAAGGUCCUGAAGUCACCAGGCCAACCAGCACCGGCCCUGUUAUCACUUCGAAAGGGUCCGGCCGCUACUCUUCUAGCGGCGCGAGCUCCGGUGGAGCCGGUGGUUAUAACCCUAACGUGGUAGGGGCGAAAGAUACCGUUGGAGAUAUCUACUACAAGACAUAUACUGAAGAAGAGCGCGGCGAUGCCCUCCAUCAAGCCCCCUGGAGCUUAAAACAGAAGGAUACAUUUGUUGAGUUUGGCGCUUCGCGUGAAUGGUUUUUGAAUUCCUUCCCCCCUGGUGAGGUCAAUCGGCAAAGGGCAAAAACCCAUGAGAUGUUAUAUCGUACUUAUAUUCUUGGGGAGGCCAAUGCCCGCGCUGCCAACCAUCAGAUCGUUCGCGAAUGGCGGACGAUGGUCAGAGAACGUGCCGAUUGGGAAGGUUACCGCGAGCGUACUCUGAAGCGAAUUGCGGAGUUUGAGAAGUCGAAAGCUGCGCUCGACGAAGAAAGAGCCAAGUUUGAGGCUGACAAGAAGGCGGAGGAGUGGGGCCGCGAGGGGCUGCAGAAAAAACUCCACAAUGUUGAGGAGCAACUGGCCAAGGAGAAGGCCGAGUUCAAGCGUAUAUGCGCCCAAGACAACGAUCGUGCUUAUGCUCUACGACAGAAGAUCGUUGAUCUUGAGGCUAAAGUUGCGGACUUGACCUCAAAGGUGGAGGAAGCGCAGGGUGAAAAAGCUGCCAAGCAGCAGAUGGAGGUUGAGCUGACUGCAGCCAAGGUGCAAUUGUCCAACAAGGACAAGGAUCUCCAUGCCAAGGACGUUGAGAUAGCGGAACUCAAACGUCGCUUGAAUGAGCAAAUCGACAGAUGUGAGUCUUUGGAGAUUGACCUUGAGGCUGAGAAGGUCAAGGCUGCUGAUGCUGAGGAGGCGCGUGCUGUGAGCACUGCCGCGCUGAAUGUGGCACAAACCAACUACUCUGAGGCUCAAGGUAUCGUCGAUACACUUGUCUCAGAAGCGGAGUGGAUGCGCACUCGUGGAGUAGUGUUGGUUGCCAACUCCAUCCUAAAUGCGAACGAGCUAGAUCGCGCCGUAGCGGCUCUGACAGAUGCGGCGCGUGCGGUGGGUCACCGGGGAGGCUACCUGGAGUGUGCUGAUCAUGUUGAGCAAAUGCUCGGGCAAGAAUUUGACACAAGCCAUUGCUCAGUAACAGAACAUGCCGAUGCGGCGCUGGCAAGUGCUGAAAAUUCCUAUGACAACCUCUCCUUGCCUAUCAUGGAGUUGGUUGUCGAAUCGUUAAAGAAAGACGACUGGUGCCAGCGUCUUAAGGCAAUCCUCGAUCCACCGGUUACCGUCGAGUUGUCCGACGAAGAGCCAGUUGGUGAUGAUGGCGGUGAUGGUGAUGAUGAUGGCAACGAUGAUGAUGGUGAAGAUGACGGAGAUGAUGGUGAUGAUCGUCGCGAAGAGUAGGAGAGUUUGUUGAGUAGGUAGUCGAUAGGCAUUUGUGCCUUUGUAAUAUCUUUGAUAUUCUUAUGUAUGAUGCUGCGCGGUUGCGCAAGUUGUUAAUGAAACAUUUUGUUUUUUCCGUUGCAAUUAUUGCAUUGUUAUAAAACUUUAUGCUAAAUUAGUUCGAAUAAAUGGAAGCGUUUUGUAAGUAUUUAGGUGAUCGUCCGGUCUCGCGCUUUGUUUGCGGAGGACCUUGGAGAUUGUUUGAACCGUCUUGAAAUGCUAUAGUGUUUUCGCGCUAAUCAAAAGUUUAACAUGCAUUUGUAACGAAAAAAUGUAAUAGAAAAAACACGUCGUAUGUUUUCAUUCAAGUCAGAAGUUGGCUCUUAGGCCUUCAUACAUAUUUGCCAGUGGCUCGUAGCCGGCGUAGUUAAUUGAAAGAUGGCGUAAGGCCGAAAAGAUUACAUAUAGCAUUUGCGCAAUUGUUGCGCAUUCCAAGUUCUUGGUAAGAUGUGGCCAUCUAAGGUGCGUAAUUUGUAGGCCCCUUUGCCCAGGACCUCAUGGAUCAGAUAUGGGCCUUCCCACUUAGGUGCCAAUUUCCCUGGGCGUUCCGCAUUCGAUGCUUCGUUGUCGCGAAAGACGUACUCCCCUGGGUUGAAGGUACAAAUGCGGACCCUUGUGUUGUAGUACCUUUCCAGCUGAGUUUUGUACUUGGCCUCUCGGAUUCUUGCGAUUUCGCGUCUUUCUUCUAACAGGUCCAAGUCUAGGCGCCUUUCUGCUUCAUUGUCAACCGUGUUAACCGUUGUCAUGCGUGGCGAGGGCAGGCCAAUCUCCGCCGGGAUUACCGCCUCUGAGCCAUAGACCAGGCUGAAAGGGGUCUCGCCGGUACUCGUCUUUGGCAUGGUCCGAUGAGCCCAUAAAAUGCUUGGGAGCUCAUCAACCCAUCCGCGCCGCCUUGUUCCUAAUCUGGCCUUUAUCCCUUCGACGAUGCAUUUAUUCACACUUUCCACUUGUCCGUUGCCUUGUGGGUGUGCAACAGAGGUGAAAGUGUGUUCAAUGUUCAUCUCCUUCAUCCAGUUCUUAAGAUCGUCCGAAGCAAAGUUGGUGCCAUUGUCUGUCACGAUCUUGAGCGGGAGGCCAAAUCUGCAUAUGAUGUGCUCCCAUAUGAACUUGCGCACAAUCAUAGCUGUGGUGGAUGCAAGGGCUUUGGCUUCUACCCACUUCGUGAAGUAGUCGAUAGCUACUAUGAUGAACUUUACGGCGCCGGGGGCAUUCGGGAAGGGUCCCACCAUGUCAAUUCCCCAUUGCUGAAAGGGCCAUGCGGUGGAUACGGGGAUAAGAUCGUUUUUAGGACGCAGCGUUUUUGGAGAGUGCCUCUGGCAAGAGUCACACUUGCGGAUCUCCUUCAUUGCGUCAACAUGCAUACCAGGCCAGUAGUAACCGGCGCUCAUGAUCUUCGCGACAACCAUCCUUGGUCCGGAGUGGAUGCCGCAAAUCCCUUCGUGGAUUUCCCUUAUCAAAUAAUUCGCGUCCUGGGGGUCCACACAGCGCAGUAGUGGUCCCAGGAAGGAUUUUCGGUAUAAGAUACCGCUGUUCAUUUCGUACUGUAGGGCUUUGUUCUGGAUCUUUCUUGCUUCCGCUUUGUUUUCGGGAAGCACCCCUUCUUGUAAGUAUUGGAUGAUGGGGGUCAUCCACGAUGUUUGCCCUGUUUCGAUCACAUUCACCUGUCGCAGCAAUACUGACGGAUUCUUGAGUACCUCUAUCCUUCCAUCCUUGGCGAGAUGUUGAAAGGAAGUCGAGGCGAGUUUGCUCAGGGCAUCAGCGGGCUUGUUUUCUGAGCGAUUGAUAUGUAUGACUUCGUGGGUUUUGAAUUGUUGGAGCAAUUCUUUCGCUUGUUUCAGAUAUAAAGCCAUGACUUCACCCUUCGCGUCGUAUAUGCCAUUUACUUGACUGGCUAUCAGGAGUGAAUCAACAUGUGCGCGCAAGUUUUUUGCUCCCAUCUUGAUGGCGAGGCGUAAGCCUGCCAGAAAAGCCUCGUACUCAGCUUCAUUGUUGGUGUUUUUGAAGUCAAGCUUAAUGGCGUAAGUAAACUCGUGCUUUUCUGGGCUCACUAGACGUAAACCUGCUCCCGCGCCAUCUUCAUUUGAUGCCCCGUCAGUGUAAAGCAUCCAAGUCUCUGUUGUAUUUUCUUCGGGAGUCUCUACCAGCUCGCACUCCUUGACUUUAUCGGCCGGCACUUCUGUGAUGAAGUCGGCGAGGACCUGCCCCUUAAUGGCUGGGCGCGGCCUAUACAAGAUGUUAUGGCCGCCCAGUUCAAUGGCCCAUUUCGCCAAUCUGCCUGAUGUCUCCGGCUUCUGUAGUAUAGUGCCAAUGUGGAAAUUUGUAAGCACAGUUAUCACAUGGCCUGUGAAGUAUCGGCGCAAUCUUCGGGAGGCGUGUAGUAGCGCAAGAACCAGCUUUUCCAUUGUGGAAUAUCUUGUUUCUGGGUCUGUGAGUACCCUGCUGACGUAAUAGAUCGGGGUUUGCACUCCGUUCCUGUCUACCAACAAUACUGACCCUACUGCCUUAUCUGAGGAGGACAAGUACAGCACAAGGGGCUCUUUUUCAAAUGGUGCCGUCAGGGUAGGGAGUUCGAUCAGACACGCUUUCAUUUGUUGAAAAGCUGUUUCGGCUUCCGGGGUCCAUUUGAACUCUUGCUUCUUUACACAAUUGCGCAACGUGCUAAUGAAGGGAUACGACUUUGCGGCGUGA